AGGAACUCCAUACCCUCGUCUAUUUUUUGCUCUACCCACAUGCGCAUGAAUGUUGUAUAGGAUUUUGACAAUAUAUAGUUUAAGUUUUACGUAAGUAAAGGUACUAGCAGCACUGUCAGUUGUGUCUUCUUAUUUCCAUACUAUGUGGUCGUCGCGCAGCUUGAUGUUACGGUCUUCUUCUUUCUUUUGAGUUUUUGUUGAUGUAACAAAGUCAACCACUAGCACUGCAUGUUCUUGCACUUGUGUCAUAUAGAGUACUGUGUUAUUGAAGAAGGAGGCCACAUAGGUUCUGACUUCAGAUAGCAAGCACCGUCACUCCACCUGUCACACCAACAAUGGACGCAGUCGUCCGUUAUCUUCUCCAAAACCCGCAGGCCAUGCGGACCCGGCCCGGCCAGAUGUUCGACAAUAAUUCCGAAGAGGACAGCGUUUUAAUGGCCAAGACGAAUUAUCAAAUGCAAAAAUGUCUGGGUCUGGAAGAAUCCGAAGUUGUGAUGCUGCAUUUGGAUUCCAAAAAAAUCUGUAUUGCGUGACCAGCAAAGGUAAUGCAAUUUUGGCUAUGCGGAGAGGGCAUUUGUCAUGCGGAAUAGGCAUCGCGAAGCCCUCGGAAAGUCUGUGAUGCUACGGCAUGCAUUACAGACAUCAUGGCCCAUGUAAAAUGUGCAUGACAACUCUCAGAAUCUUCCAGACCCAGACAUUUUUGCAAUUCAUACGAAUGAUGAGAUGGUCUCCUUGAUGGUCUCCGAGAAGACGAUUCAGACCAAAUUGAUCGAAACCGCGUUUCGGUCGGUCGACCGGUGCCACUUCGUGCCAGAGUCGGAGAAAGACCAGUGCUACUCGCUUCUCCCGUUGCGCGAUGGCUUGAUCCACAUCUCCGCGCCGCCCAUGUACGCGAAGGUGCUGGAAAACCUGUUGCCACUGUAUCAACUGUAAAAAUGUCUGGGUCUGGAAGAAUCCAACUUGUCAUGCUGAUUUUGGAUUCUAAAAAAAUCUGUAUUGCAUGAGUAGCAAAGAGAGUCCAAGUUUUGCUACACGGAAAGAGCAUUUGUCAUGCGGUAUAGGCAUCAGGAAGCCCUCACAAAAUCUGUGAUGCUAGGGCAUGCAUCACAGACAUCAGGAGUCAUGCAAAAUGUGCAUGACAAACCUGGCAAUCUUCCAGACCAAGACACUUUUACAUUUGAUACACUGAAGAAAAACAUGAAUUUCCUGAACAUCGGGUCCGGGACCGGGUAUUUCAACUGCAUCAUGGCCAACAUUCUCGACCCCGAGGACGAGAGGCUGUGUCUGAACCAUGGAAUCGACAUCUGGUCAAGCACCAUUCAGUACGCGGAGCAAAGAAUCCAGAAAAUCUUUCCGACGAGUUGUUGCAAUGUAGUCGCUGGAGGCUCAUCGUGCGUCGAGGAUCUUCAUGCCGGUAGAAGCAGUACUAGCACAACAACGACCAGCAUGUUGACAAACAGCAAAAUCCAAUUUUUCAAGGCGAACAUAUUCCAACUCAAGACGAAAAAUUCACCCGCCCGCUAUGACCGCAUCUACCUGGGGUCCUGUGCGCCGUCGAAAUUGAAGCCGAAGAUCUACGAAUUAUUGGAAGUCAACGGCGUGCUCGUGGUAUCCUGUGCAAAAGUAUCGUACUCGUAGUAAUUGCAAGUAUGCAUUACAAAUCUCCAUACCAAGGCAAAACAGCAUGACAAAUUUCACUUGUCAUGCGAAGGUAAUUUGUAAUGCAUUUAUACGAGUACGAUACUUUUGCAAUGCAUACGUGGGCCCCUUCGCACUGAAGAAGGGACACCAGAUGCUCCGGCGGGUGACAAGGGUAUGCCUUGCAAAAAUGUCUGGGUCUGGAAGAAUGCAACUUGUGAUGCUGCAUUUGGAUUGCAAAAAAAUCUGUAUUGCAUGAGCAGCAAAGGGAAAAAUGUGAUUUUUGCUACGCGGAGAGGCCAUUUGUCAUGCGGAGUAGGCAUCAAGACGCCCUCCAAAAAUCUGUGAUGCUAGGGCACGCAUCACAGAAGUCAUGACUCAUGCAAAACCUGCAUCACAAGUCUCAGAAUCUUCCAGACCCAGACAUAUUUGCAUUCCAUAGAGGGUGAGUGAAUAUGAAUGGGAAACAAAGGACAUCGAGCCGGUGCAAUUUGCCGCGUUGCUGGAACCGCAUUACACUGGAACAAAUAACUCCAGUCAGCAAAAUUCAGUUUCCUCCCCUGCCCACUCGAGCAGUCCGCUGCAACAUCGGAGUAGGGGAAGAACAUCUUCAAGUCUUGGCUCUACUCCUGCAAUCGCGCAACACCCUCCGGCACAACCUGCUGUAGGAGAUGACCAAUUGCAAGACCACCAACGAGUCGUUAGUGGUACGUUAUCUCCGGGCAGCACCGGGUUCACCGCGAUGGUCGGGGCGGGGCCAGCAAGUAGACCGCCGGAGAUCAUUCCCUCCACCGCGUCGUCGUCGUCGGCGAGUUCGACUCCGAAUGCGGCGGCGGCGGAAGCACGGAAUGGGAUGCAUUUGAAUAGUAAUUUGAAUCCUGGCGAUUCAACGGAAACAAGACGUGCAGAAAUGCAAGGCUUAGUGUUUUCAUCAGCCGCAACUGGAGAUGCAGCCACCUCUUCUGGGUUGUCGUUCCCGGGCGUCGUCAACAUGCACUCGUACUUGCAGCAGCAGCAGUCACUACAAUCUGCUAAUGGUAAUGCAGGAGGACAAGAGUCUGCCCCAGUCGUGUCUUCCUCUGCUACAUCUUCGUCUAGCGCAACCAAUAACAAUCCAGCGUCGAGGGUGGAACAAAGAGCUCCAGCCUCUGUUAUUUUCGGCAACUUGAAUAACCCCUCCUCCAACACCAACAUUCUCCGCCCCUCCACGGCAAGCACCACCGUCCCUACCUCAUCCACCGGCGGGCGGCAAAUCGUCACCGGAUUGCAAGUAGUUCUGGAGGAUAGACGAGGUAGUAGUAGUUCCUCAGCGAACAACGGAAUCAGUAGCGCAGAUGGAGGUGGAGGUGCUGCUUCUGACGGCAAUAUUAAUCUACUCCUCUCUACUUCUCACCCCGACGUGGGUAUCGCGAUCCAGCCGAUCACGGAACAGGUGUUUGCGCCCGAGUCCUCCUCGAGCUCAUCUUCCAAUUCCUCAGCCGGCGGUGAAGCUGCUGCGUCUUCGGGCAACGAGAACAUGGUCGUUUCAGAUUCCGAGCAAUUUUUAGUACAUGAUCAGCAAGAAGAACUACAAUCCUCCUCGAUGUUAGUGCCCGUGCCUACAACGUCAUCCUCGAUGGAGGUCCAGCUUCGAGAAACUGCCGAACCGAGUCAGAUGGUGGACCUGUUGGUGCUGCGUGGACGAGAUAGAAGUUUUCCAUCUGGAGGUACAGCAGGAGCACAAGAACGACCAGCUGAUGAUCAACAUGCGGCUGCUCUUGAUGUAGUUGACAGCGACGUGGACCGGGUUUCGGUCUACAGUUCGAGUUCGUGUAGUAGCUCCGGCUCUUCGUACGUCCACGAUAUGGACCAGGAGGAUCAGGAUGAGGAGGAGCAGCGGAGGAAGAAAGAACUCGCAGGAGCUGGUGUUGGGAGUUCUUCAAAUUCGCCACAGAAAUCCGCAUCGAAAGGAACAUCAUCAAAGGUGGCUGUCAUGCAGCAGGAGGGAAAAACAUCCAAGGCUGUGGACAGCAACAACCACGACCCUGCUAAUUCCGAUUCCGAAUGUAGCUCCGCCUGCAUGUCCGUUCCAGACGAUGACGAAUUUGGGGUCAGCCCGAUACCAAACACAUCAAAAUUCCGCGGCGUUUCGCUCAAGUCGGUCAUGUCCUCAGAAGGUCGUGAAGGUGCUGGUGCAGCAGGAGCUCGGGCAAGAACUUCUACAGUUAGAUCGUCAGACGCCCACGUGGUCAAUAUUCCUCCAGUUGUUCCGCUCCCAGCGCCUGUCGUGUCUGGCGUGCGACGGCGAUCGGGGACGCCACCGCCCGCACCGAGAUUAAGGCCGAGUAUGUUGCCGGAUGCGGAUGUUGAACAAAGGGUGAGUGUUGAGGAUAUUCCGCCUUUGAUGAUUUCGAAUCCGAAUUCUGUUGCUGCUGCAACACAAAAUCCAAAUCCACCAGCCCGUGGUCGCCGGAGGACCAGAGAAGAGGUGGAACUACAGACACAGCAGGAACAAGACCAGGCGGGAAACAACAGCACUUCUGAUGUGAGCAACGCGAACGCUCCUGCAACCAGACGGAGGUUGAACCCAGAGGAGGAUCACCAAAUGAUCGGCAGCACUUCUGUCCACAACAUCACCGUUGCCUCGCCCGCCGGCUACUUCUCAACCAUCUUUGAAGACAUGGCAUUGCAGCGGAGAAGCGACCCGGAUGCUGUCGAGGCUGACCGAAUGGCGGGGGAUUUGGAUAUGGACAACUUGCAAGCAGAACAAACUCUACAGAAUCUUAACGCAGCCUGUCAACAAGAACCGAGCACGACUAGUACCAUUCUAGCUGGCGGGGGUGCAAACCUGUACCAGGCCACGCAACCGCAGUACAGAACAUCAUCACGUGGUGCCAGUGCCCGGGCCUCAGCAGGACAACCCCCUCCUGGUGGCUCGGUCAGCACCUCGUCCCGGGUCGUCUUUGCUUCUGCUGUGGGGACGGUCGUUGAGGACCAGUCGUCUUUGUCGGAUAGAGAAGCACGGGAGGAGGAGGACCUGCAGAUAGGUCAACAACAUCCGCGUGGACGACAACAACAGCUCUCAAGAACAUUGCGUCAGCCGUCGAGCCGCAACACCACAAACGCAUCCGUCCCGCCUGGCGCGGGGCUGCUUUUUCAAAGGCUCUCGCUUUCGGCAACUGCGGCUGCAGCUGGUUCGGCACCACCCUCCAAUGCUGCCGGAAGUAGAUCAGCGCCAUCUUUUUCUUCACACGGUGAGCAGCCACGGAACGAAAAUGAGAAUCAGGACCUCGUAGAGCAGGACUCUGACGUAGACAUGUUGGAUAUCCCGGUUGAAACGGCUGCUGGCUCGUCUAUCGCCAUCCCGGAUUCCCCCAGUAGGAAAUCGAUUUUGAUGACUCAGACUCAAGCAGAAGCUCCUUCUAGAAGUUCCGCCACAAGGACCUCCAUCUCCAGUAGUUCCAGGUCCGGCGCUACACAAGAUGGAAUGGUGGGGCGACCGCAGCAGGAGCAGCACCAAACUACCGCCGCUGUUGAGGUAAACUUAAGCCGAACAAGGGAACAUCUUCAGGAGAAUGAUGUUCUUGUCCCCACGACCUCCGACAACCACGCUCAACAUACAGCCACUCCCUCUGUCACGACCCUUGUCCACGACCGCCAAAAUAACUCCUCCGCCAACGAGCUCUUCGACGAGGACGACGAGCGCAGGUUGUCGGUCGCAACCUCCGCCGCGUCGAGCAGCACCACAAUGGGCGAAAUUUUGCAGCGGAACCGGGAUGACGAUGUAGAUCUGAUCAAUAUGAACAGGCAAACUGGAGCGACGGGAAGUAGUGUGAGUGAUGGAGGAACUGCUCAAGCAUCGAGGAUGCCGUUUCUGUCCUCCACCAUGUUCCCGGGAAUGGAUUUAAACGCCAGAAUACCCGGGGCGGCGAGUUUGAACAGCCGGAACAGAAAUCAAGACAGAAGUCCUAGAAGUGCGGGAGCGCUGACAAGAAGUCCUGGUGCUAGUGCAGGUCGGAGGCCGCUGGACACGACGAGCAGAACUACAGCAGGUGGAAGCAGAUCUUCGGCUGCUGAGAACACGACAAGACCCAGCGCAACUUUCACAAACGGCGAGGAGGACGACGAUGAUCAAAUAUUCACUGGAGGACCAAGACAGAGACAGCAACUUCAACACAACUUUUCCAAUCCCAAUUUGUUUUCUGGAGCGGGAGAAACAAGAGCCGCAUCUACUUCACAGCAACACCAUCCUCCCGGUGAGGAUUAUGACAGUGAAGCGGAACACCAGCGGGUAUUCCUCGCCCAGAGAGCGCGCUAUCGCCGGCAUAGAGUGAACAACCAACCACACAAUCCAAAUCGGGGGAUCAUAAACAACGCCCCGGCUGGAGGGGUCAUGAUGAACAACAAUUACAACGCAGGAGCCGCUACUGCUUCGGGGAUGAAUAACAAUUCAGCAACGGCGGGAGCAGGAGGAUCACGGACAGGAGGAGGGGCUGGCUCCUCAACCUCCUCUUCCAGUGGUGCAAACAACAAUAACGCGACGAACAGCAGCUCUUCUCAACAGCAGCUGCGGCAGUUGGCGAACUUGAAACCGAAGAAACGGCCCCGGAUCGACAACCUCCCGGACAUGUUCGUUUGGACUGAAAAGAGGCACCACUUGUUCCCCAUAGAAACGAAAAACGCGGUCCGAACGAUCGUGUUCUCCUGCGAACCGAGAAGCAAAACGAGCGGGACUCUUGCAGGUGGAGCUUUUUUGUCCUCGACCAGUAGGGGCGGUGGUCUUGUGGACGACGACCAGCACAUGAUGACCAGCAAUUCAACAUCAAAUGCACCUGAUCCAUCGACGAAAGAAGUCCGGUCCUUCGCUUUACCGUUAGAAAUUUGGCGGCGGCACAUUCUACCCUUCUGCGGCCGGUACUGGUUUCAGAAGAACAAGUGUAAUGUCGUGCAUGAGGACGUCCAUUCAGUGUUCACGCAGGCGAUGUUGAACGUGAAGGCGGAAGAUUUGGGAUUUCCGUUGCUGAACAGCAAUACAGCUGGAGGUCUUCUGGGAACAAGUAGUAGCCCUAGCCACAACAGAACGCCGGGAGUGGCGACGGGAGGACCACCGCCACACAGCAUGUCGUUGGCAGCGGCGCCUUCGACCACGCCAAUGUCUGGUGCAGCAGGACCUCCUGGUUCAUCAUCCAGUAGUGCACCGGGCACGCACUCUUUUCUACCGGCCCCAGAGAACACCAACUCCAGAACAGUGCCCAGAUUGCAACUCCCGAACUGUCCGGGCUCGGCGCCAGUGACUCCGGCUGGAGGUGGUGGGGGGAAUAACAAUUCAUCGACACCGUCCGCCACCGUAAACAUGCCAGCGUCCACCUCCCAGCACCAAGCACAAUCGCAAUCGCAAAUCAUGCACCAAAACAGCUUUCUCAUCUCCCCCUCCACCGAGCAGACGCCGCUCCUGCCCCCCGCUCGACCGGUGAGCUCCAGUUCCGUGGUGGGGCCGCUGAUGAGCCUGCUGUCGGACGAACACCAUCUCCACACGACCACUGUUGAGGCUGGUUCAACAUCCUCAACUUGUUCCCCCUUCACCCCUAGUACAUCAACUCCCUUCUUUUUCGAGCGGUUCACGGCGACUGGCAACCGCCACCGACUGGGGUUUCCCGAAGAGGACCCCGAUGAGGAAGAAGGCGCUACCACCGCCGAGCAGCAGCUCCCGCCCGACAUCCUGCACUGGAUUGCGGCGGCCGCAGCGCACGCGGGCCUGCGUGACGAAGACAUCCCGGCUUUGUUGCAAGCCAGUCUGCCCCCGGCGCCGGCGGUACCAGAAGCGGUAGGAGGAGGAGCGGGUGCAGAAGGAACUGGUGCCGGCAGAAUGGAAACGGCCACAGCAGAUGCUGGCAAUGUUGCAGCAAGAGGAACCAGUGGUGCACCAGCAGGAGAUGAAACAAACAGACCACCUACCGGUCCCCUCUUUGACCCGGCCGCUCCGCCUGCGCCGCCUCUACUGGCGGGCGGAAGCAACAGCACCGCAGCAAUUCCUGCCAGCACGGGCGAUGCUGGGGCCACGCCUCUGAGUGGAAACGCGACGGCGUCCGCCAGGAACGGUAGGUCUUUUCAAAUCUUCGAACUUCCCGGUGGGCCGCAGGAGGAAGAAAGUAGUGAAGUAGAUUUGUUCUUGCCGUUGCCAACGGAAGUUGCAGCAGGUCGGGUAGAAGUUCCUCAUGGAGGUAGGACGACGCGCCCAGAACAAGAGGCAGAUGAAGAAGACGACUUGCAGCUUCUGCGCGAAUCUCAUCAGUCAUCGGAAAUAAUGGUUGCGUCCUCUGUUGAAAAUCAAAAUCGAGAUCUACGCCAGUCAACAUCUUCAACGUGGUCGUCCACAAGUAGUACUGCUCGCCGCGCCGUCCCCUCCACGAUUUCGAAUCUAAACCGGCAAGCCCGGGCGCUGCAGCGGGAGGCGCGGGCGCUGUCCAGCGAAGCGAGGAUUUUAAACAAUCCAGAUGCGGACAAUUUAGCCGCGGAAGCCUUGGCAGUGGCCGACGAAUUGAGCCACAUUGAGGCGGAAAUGACCAGAAGUUUUGCGCUGGAAAGGCUGGAGUCACAGACGGUGGUUGACGAUCAUGAUGGUGGACUUUUACAAAGUAGAGGGGCGGCAGGAGGAAAUGGAAGUGCAGUUGCACCUGGUGCAGCACCAGCUGGACAGGUGGUUCUUCGUAACAGAGGCGACGAGGAUCCUGUCGGCGGUGAUCAAGAGGUGGGCGAAGAUCAUCACAGCGAAGCUGAUUUGGUCUUCAUCGGAGAUGACCGCAUGGAGGACGCGGAUCUACUCAUGGGCACGUUGUGACGAGUUGUGCUGUGGAUGUGGUUCUACUGCUGCUACUACACCUGUAGCUGCUCUUCGUCACAGAUGAUGAUAGUGCUGGCGGUGUAGGAUAAUUUUGGGACAACUUCUAGGUGCAACCUUGGACUGACCACCGGGAAGAUCUUCUGUCUUUAAGUACUUAUGCUGCAACAGCAACACGAACAUCAUCAUGAUCCACCAUACCACUCAUUUUACGUCGAGCACAGCCACAGGGACAGGAAGGUUCUAUUGCUAGUCUACGUAGCCCUCUUCAUUGAAGACUUUUUACAGUGUUUACAUGUGGUUCCCAUUCCAUGAUGAAGAUCUUCUGAUAAUUUCUACGAAGUAGUGGUAGAUGGAAAUAAUUUCUAGCAUCAUCUUGACUUUUUGACGAAAGUAAAACUAAAAGCCCAGUACAGCACCACGUGCAUGAGAAUAUGAACAAGAUUCAAUCUUUAGUACUUCUGAAUGUGAAACAGAAACACGACGAGAAGUAGGUUCAACAAGAACAU